ACAUGCCUGUAAACAAGCAUAGGCCCCUAUUUGGUUAUGACGUAUACUUUGUCAAGUUUAUUGCAACCGGAACCGGGUGUAGAAAACAAGAAGCAAAGGAGGCGACAGCGGACCGUGCUCUCCGGACUAUAUAUGGAGAUAGUGGAAAUAACCAGCCAACUUGGCAGGUGUUGACGAGCUACGUAAACCCAGACCCAAAGGACUCGUAUGAUGAUUAUGAUGUAAAAACAAAUUUACAAAAUGCAACUGAUAAGGUCUCAACUGCUCUAACUAAAAUCGUUCGCGUAAAUCCAUUCGAAGAUCCUACUGCGUCAUCAAUAUCUGCCUGUGAAAUAUCUUCGAACGGUCAAAGCAAUGCCAUUUCUACGGUUUUGGAAGGGACAAAUCCCAUUAGUACAUUCAUGGAAUAUGCACAAGCUAUUGGAGAAGUAGGAAGAAUUGAGGAAGAAACCAAAUGUGGUCCAUCUCACCGCCCAACAUUUACAGUUUGUGCCUACAUCGGGACAAAGAAGUUAGCAAAAGGGACGGGUGGCAACAAAAAGCUGGCCAAGAGACAGGCAGCAGAAGAAUCGCUCAAGAUGUUGUCGUUCAGUUCCUCAAGAGCUUUGAUAUCCCCGAUGGUUUCGCCAACACCUUCACGACCUGUGAUCGAUAAGAAUGCUGGAAUUUGUCCUGUUGGUGCCGACCCGAUCAGUGUUCUUAAUGACUUUGCGCAGAAAAGGGGUUUAGAGCUGACAUUUCCGAAUCCUGAGGUCACUGGAGCGGAUCACCAAAGAGAGUUUACACUAAGUGCCAUGGUGGGAAGUACGAUCUAUCCCAGAGCUACAGCCAGCACAAUACAAGAGGCAAAGCGGGAGGCAUCCAGGAACGCAUUAAGGCAUCUAAAGCAGAACAAGCAUUACCAAUUUACGUCCGGGCUACAUGUAUCUAAGUUAUCUAUAAUCGAGUCAUUGACGUUCCAUGAUAAAAUGGCUAAGCUUUGUCACGAGAAGUUUGACAGUGUGGUAGCAGACAUAUUCGCGAACCUUGCUGGUGGUAAAGUGGUAGCAGGCAUCGUCAUGGAAAACAAAACUACAAAGACGUUUGAAGUCAUAAGUUUAGCUUCUGGAAACCGCUUUAUUAAAGGAAGUGAACUGACAACAGAUGGACAAGUGUUGAUAGACUCGCAUGCUGAGAUUCUAGUUAACCGGGGAAUGCGAAGGUUUCUUUUCUACCACUUAAAGAAGCUAUGUAGGGGAGACGAGACUAAUGUGCUACUCCAGAGAUGUGGGGAGGGGAAGGCUGAGUUCGCUCCGGAUAUCCAGUUUCAUCUCUAUAUAUCCACCGCACCAUGUGGAGAUGGAGCUAUAUUUACGCACAGUGCUGGCACUUCAGAAACAGAACAGGUUGAACAGCAUCAUCCAACAUUUGACGAUGCAAAACAAGGACUGCUGAGGACUAAAGUGGAGCAAGGUGAGGGACAGAUCCCGUCUAAAGAAGUGCACGAGAGUUAUAAAGGCCUGGAUACAAUUAGACGUGGAGAACGGUUGCGCGUGAUGUCAUGCAGUGAUAAAAUAUGCAAAUGGAAUCUUCUUGGAAUGCAAGGGGCUCUUCUGGCCAACUUGAUAAAGCCGGUGUACUUUACUUCCAUAACGUUAGGAACCCUCUACAACCACGGACACAUGGCUCGAGCAAUGUGCUGUAGACUAGAAAAACACUGCCAAAUUGCUUACUUACCAGAUGGUUAUAAGGUUAACCAUCCAUUACUUGGUGCCGUUUCUCGCAAGGAGAUUCCUCAACGAAGCGUCGAGAAAUCCACGGCACUUUGCAUCAACUGGAAUGUUUCGGACGAUCAUCCUGAAAUGACAGACGGAACAACUGGCUUCACACACAGCAGUGGUUGUGGCAGAGCUAUGGUUAAGUCAAGAUUGUGUAAACUGGAGUUGUUGCGGUCCUACAAAGAUAUCUGUACGAAUGCAGGCUUAUUGCACCUGGUCAAAGACGAUUAUCUGUUGACCAAAAAUGCAUCUAAACAAUACCAGCGCUGCAAGAAAACUCUAUAUGCAAUUUUCAAUAGUCAAGCAUAUGGCGCAUGGAUAGGGCUGCCGAGAGAAUGCCAGGGGUUUUCAACCUCUACCUCACCUACUGCCCCUCCUUUACAGUGGCCUCAACGAAAUCGAAACACCAUGACAGCACAAACAAUACUUCAUAGUCUGUUCAAGUUUAAGUGACAUACACAUCAAUUCAAGAUAAUGAGUUGAAAACACGUUGUCAUUGUUAUUGUUAUUUAGAAAGACAUAGAUUAUUUAUAAAGGCUUGUUGUUGGAUUAAUUAAAGAUUUCCUCGGACAACUCGAAUAGAGAAUAUAAAGAGUCUAACAAUAGCUUGUGAAAUUGUAUUGAGAUGCAUAAGUAAUUAAAAAAAUGCCAAAGUAUCAACGAUUCCUCUCAUAACAAACAAAUCGAGAAUCACUUAUAGCUUAUAGUUCUGACAGGACUUAAUAAAUUAACAUAUAUAUCGCUUGCUCGUAUUCUGUAUCUUGACAUCUUGCUACUUGCCUACAAUGUGACAAGAAAGCUUACAUUUUACAAUCGAUAACUUUUCUGUUAUCAGUAGUAAUACCCUGCCUCCUCUGGUUACAGAGUUAACUUCUCAUUGUUGACUCGCUAUUUCAGAGCCUGUUCUAACUGCCAGCGGUACGUAGUUAGGUCCAAUCUGUAUGUCC